GCCUUAUUUCCGGGACAGCUGUGAUUACCGCUGUCAUUCGCUAGAUCAUCUACCCUCCUUACCUCAGUCCGCAUUUACAAGUAGCCGAACAUGGCGGGCAUGGCGGCUCAGGUCAUUCGGCGAGCACAGCUUUACGUACCUGGCUCGUCAAUGCGAUUCCUCGAAAAGUCCCGCGGUCUGCAAGCCGUUGACAGCGUCGCGUAUGAUCUUGAAGACUCCGUAACCCCUACAAAGAAGCCGGAAGGCCGACGCAACAUCCUCGAGAUACUUAAUCGUGACCGAGUCCCUGGCAUACGCGAACAGGCUGUUCGCAUCAACUCCGUUGGCUCCGGCUUCGCAUUGGAUGAUUUGACCGAGAUACUCAAGGGCAAGCACUUGGACUGCCUCGUUGUGCCCAAGGUCGACAGUCCAAGCGACUUGCACUUUGUCACCGAUGUACUUAGACAGAAGCUACCAGAACGGCACUCUGAAGGCUCGACAAACCCUGUCAAAAUCGUUGCUUUGGUGGAGAGCGCCAAGUCCUUGAUGGACCUCAACAAUAUCUGUAAAGCCUCGCCUUACAUCUCCGGCUUGACGUUCGCCGCGGAGGAUUUCGCACUCGACCUGUCACUUACCCGCACGCCGGACUUGCACGAGUUCACUUACGCUCGCUCGGCUAUUGUCACAGCCGCUCGGGCACACAACAUUCCGUCUGCCCUUGACCUGGUUUCGACAACCUUCCGUGGGGAGGAAGGGCGGCGUUUCCUGCAACUUGAGUCGGAGAAUGGAAAGCGCUUCGGCUUCAACGGCAAGCAGUGUAUCCACCCUGACCAAGUGGCGACCGUGCAGGAGGUCUUCAGUCCCAGUCCAGAAGAAGCGGAGUGGGCGGUGAGGGUGGUGAUUGCUGAUCAGAAAGCCGAUGCGCAAGGCAGAGGUGCGUGGACGUUGGACGGAAAGAUGAUUGACGUACCUGUCGUUGGAAAGGCCAAAGCAAUUGUGGCAAAAGCAGAGGUUUGUGGGAUUGACGUGAAGGGACUGAUGGAGAAGUUCAGGGAUGAGGAACCGCAAUGAGUGAUGUACACCGAAUAGUGCAGAUUGCAUGCUUCGAUCAUCCAUACUGAACCAAAGCAGACCAGUCGAGCAAGAGUGACACCAGACCUGUGCAAUACACAAUCUUCAUUCGUGCUCAUACGUCGCAUGGAGGAGGGGUGCGAU